AUGAUCCGCCACUUAUUAACAGCCGCCUCACCAGCGCGCGCCUCACCCACAACCCCAAUCGCAACCGCCACCAAGCUAAUCACGCGCCCAGCAUGGAAUCCCCAGAGCCCUAAAACCCGCUUCUUCACUACCACACCGAUCACAGCCUUCACAGGAACCGCAGCAACGCAAGACUCUCCGUUCCGCCUCUCCGCCAACAAAACCGACUCCCGCCCCUCCCUGGAAGAUGUCUACUACAGCCAGUACCCGCCGAAGCGCCAAUGGCCACCGGACAUGUCGAAGUUGUCGCAGAAACACCAGUUCCGGCUUGAGCGCAAGUACCGGCGUCGCGCGGCGCUGAAGUAUGCCCGGCCGAAGUUUAUAAAGGCUGUUACGCUGGGACAGUGGGUUGUUAUUGGAUUUGUUAUUGUGUAUUCGGUGCUCUUUAUGGAGUGGGAGACGGAUGAUACGCCGUUCCAUGGGAUUCGGGAGAGCUUUUUCUCUGGACUUCGGGCUGUGUUUUCUAGUCCGCCGCCUCCUGGCCUGAAGAGGGAUCAGAAGGAUAAUACGUCUGGGGAGGGUUCGCAGUAG